UGGGCUUCUAAAAUUUCUAAUUUUUUUAAAUUUACAGCUGAAAUGCAAUUUCAUGCAUAGUGAGGACAAUUAAACGUGCAAAAGCUUUGUGACUCGCGACCCUUGGUGUGGAUUGAUUUCAAAAUGGCGUCAAGCGCGUUGCUUGCUCGAAUGCGUCAUUUAUAGAAGCUGUGCAUGUGUAUUUCUACAAUGGUUUAAAAAUAGAGGACUUGCAUAAGGCAGUUGCAUUGAUUACAAUGAAAAAUGUCGAAUACAGUGAUAACGAACUACACGGACCUUAAUGGGCCUUCCACGAAGGCUGAUAGCUCUGUUGUUGUUAUUGUAAACAAGGAUGGAUCUCUUUCUGUGGAUCAAAACUUACUUGGAACUUUAAUGGGAACGGAUGGAUCCCAGGCUGCUGGAAUAAGUGUAGUUCGAGUAGGACAUGAAGGCAAGCCUGAUGAUGCCACGGACUCUGAGGGAGAGGAUGACAAAAUCCCACACGUAACACUUUCAGUUGACAGUUAUUAUGACGAUCCUAAUAGCAUCAUAAAGUAUGAUAGUGGAGCUGAAAUGUUGCAAUCAUUAAGAAUUGAAACAAGAGAGAAUAGUCUGAUCGGGUUUCACAAUGAUCAUUGUUACACACAUCUAACAUCUCCGAGUCAGUCUCUUCCACAGAGAACUGACAGCUUUGCUGGCUAUGAUGAUCCCGUUAUUGAGAUCACACACACUCCACCUCCAAAACCAGUCCCGAGUGCAAAGAAAAUCACAAUAUUGGAACAACAAAUCAUACCCAAAGGCCGAAAAAUUGCUAUAAAUCCUCAGGAGGGUAUUAUCUUGAAAGGAAAUGAUGUAUUAACAAAACCAUUGCCAGUCUUGACUAAAUCAAAAUAUGCCCCUGAACCAGAAAAAAGUACAUCUAGUCAACCUAAAAGUGAGGAAGAAAAUGAGUCAUCAUCUGCAAGCUCUUCUGCUGGUGCAAUUUCUGACAGAGACUCUGAUUCAGACUAUAAAGACACAAAAGACAGGUCAGGACCUCCCAAGUUGCGUAAAACAAAAUUAAAACCUCGAAUUCUAAAGAGUGCCCAAGCCGCUAAAGUCAAAGUUAACCCUAAAGUGGCCGCCAGAUUGAAGUCUAACAAAAGUCUUGUUAGACGAGAAAUUAAAGAAAAAAUCAUCAUUAAAAAUUUACCAGAAAAGAAGCAAGUUUCUUCAGAUAAUGUAUUACAGAAGGUGAUUCCUGUUACUGUACCAAAACUCAACCUCAGUGGCCAUGAACUCAGCAGAGUUGUAGUAAAACCAUCUUUGAAACCAAUCAAAAAGGAAAAGAAAACACCUGCACACGUUUCUGCCUUACUAACUGACAUGACGUCACUGUUCUCCACACCUGAUGUGAUUAGGAGGGUUUCAACUGAAAAUAAACCACCUACUAUAGGUGAGAAGGAACAAGUUGUCGGCAUCAAAAAACUGGACCCUGCUAAACUACAGGAAGGAGAAGAAAAGCCAUCAGAUGUGGUCAAGCCUCUUGGAGUCACAGAUAAAACCAAAAGUGUUGUUCCACAGAAAACAUACUCCAAACAGAAGGCAAACAAUCCUUCUGAUAAAGUAUCUAAAGGCUACGAUCUCAUUCCUCAAAUUGAUGAUGCCAGUCUAGCGCAGAUAUUCCAAGACACUCCCGUUACAACUUUAAACAAAACUCAGCCUACUAUUUCAACAAUUCAUACUAUGAACAGUCCAAGUUUAGCUGGCCCACUAUCUCCCACUCUAGACCUACUGGGGGCCCUGCCGUCCGAGGAGGAAGGUUUGAGCGAGGACUUCCUGAUGCAUGUGGCCCAGCUGGUGGAGAGUUCGGAGAACCUCCAGGAGGUCCUGGACAAACAGGUUCUCGGCAAAGUGGACACGGUCCCGGCCACCACCGUAGCGACGGCGCCGGCCGUCCAACCUUCCACGCCCCAGAUGCCCGCAUCGAGGAGUCUUCUAUACCAGCAAACACCACCAAAAGCGGUGAAAACCCUGCCGCCGCAAAAGAACCCAAUUGAGAUAGUGAGACGCGACGGUCGCGUUAUCACAUUGCCGCCGAUAGAGGCGCCCGCCACAAGGUCAUCGAAACGGAAGAGUCAAAUGACGAGCCAGGAGAGCACCGGCGCCCCCGCUGCAGAGCCGGCGCCCCCGCCCCCGCCGCUCGCCACGCCCCUCGCCGCUCCCGUGGCCGCCCCCCUGGCCGCCCCCCUGGCCGCCCCCGAGCCGCCGCGCCACCACACCUCCAAGGCCUACGUCAACAAGAAGCUGCCAUCUAACAAACCUGAACCGGCAGUGCCUGCUCCGCCCGUUGUUCCUGACAAAAUGUUUACAGAAUCUCAGGAGAGCUGGAACUCGGAAGAUGAUCCUUAUAGAUUGUGGUGUAUAUGUAAACAGCCCCACAACAAUCGCUUCAUGAUAUGUUGCGACAGCUGCGAGGACUGGUUUCACGGCAAAUGUGUUAACAUUACCAAAGCGAUGGGCCAGCAGAUGGAGGAGGACGGCAUCGAAUGGCGAUGUCCCAACUGCGUGAAAAAGACUAAACCUACUCCUAAAACUAUCACAAAUAAAAUGACAAUUCAAAAGAAGCAAGAAGUUGAUAUUGAUCAAUCACCACCUCUUCUGGUGUCGCCACCUGCGAGCAAAGCCGUAUCGUCAAAGACGAGUUGCAUUGUUUGCAAGAAGCCUGCUCGUGCCAGCAGCAUUUACUGCAGCGACGCGUGUAUUCUGAAGCACGCCCAAGACUCGUUGGGAAAUCCAACACCAGGGAAACCAGAUGGAGAAAGAGAUCAUGAUAAGACAAAAUCAGAUUCCAGAGUAAUUGUGUAUGAAAGAAAGUCCGGCAGAGUACUUGCUGGACCGAAUGCUCCCACACCUGAGAACUUGAAAGUUUGGCUACAAAAGAAUCCUACUUUUGAAGUCGUGCGGCCUGGAACUCUCAGUGCUAUUAAACCGAAUGUAAUGAAGAAGAAAGCAGCACCACCAGCAACAAAGGAACCAGGCAAAAUACAAACAACACUUAAUUUUGAACGAAUUCCUAAAAAACCAGGGCUGCAAACUCCUAAAGAACUCAAAGAGAUUUCUCCUAAACUAAUGUACUCAAGAGAUGAGCCGAAAACUCUGACGUCACCGAAAACUCCUGUGACGCCGAAAUCACAGCAGCCGCAAUUCCCUGACACUCCAAGACCCAGUACUUCUGGCCUAAGGACUAUGGCAGAACCCAGAAAACUCGUUCGCACCGCUAAUCGGUCAGCCAGCGAAAAAGCAACUAAGACACCAUCGGUCUCGCCGGCCGCAGCGCGCAAAAAGGACACGCCGCCCGACACUAGAAACAAAAUGAAGUCCGCGGAGCCCAUCCGGGACAACGUGAGGAAAGCCUUGCAAGAGCAGAUGACUGUCCGCAUGGCGGAGAACACCGGGCCCAAGUUCAGUGAAGACGAGAUAAAACAGUUCGCGUACGACACAGAGAUCGAACUGCACGAGUUGUUCCGGGACGUCGGCAUGAAGUAUAAGGCGAAGUACAGGUCGCUAAUGUUCAACAUCAAAGACCGGAAAAAUCUUUCGCUUUGGCAGAAAAUCUGUGAUAAAACUAUAACACCUAAACAAUUGGUACGAUUGUCGCCAGAGGAAUUAGCUAGUCAGGAGUUAGCACAAUGGAGAGACAAGGAAGCUAAAUAUCAGUUGGAGUUAAUAAAGAAAUCUGAACUGGAUCUAUUAGCUGCCAGUAAAACAUAUGUUCUUAAGACACAUAAGGGUGAAGAGGUAAUGGAGACAAAAGAAUCUGUUUCCACCGAGUUGGACCGGAACGUGCCAGUAGAAGAUUUGGUCUCUGCUCUGAAUGACUCCACAGCUACUGAGGAACCUUCAAAAGACAACUCCUCUGAAACCACCGAAAGUCCGGUGAAACCCAAUUCUAAUAAAAAGCAUAGUAGUAAGAAAAGCGCAAAAGAUUCUUCCCAUUCCAAAAAAAGUAGUCGAGAAUCAAAACGAGACUCCGGAAGCAGAAAAUCACGAUCGUCAAGAAGAAAGUCGGACGGGAAAGAUAAAGAUGAAAGACAUACUCGAAGAUCGGAAAAGAGGACGAGAGCUGCAUCUAAAGAUAGGUCGACGAGAGACUCUCCGAAAGAGAAAGACACCGAGCGCAGUAGGCGAAGAUCGCGGUCGAGAACUAAACCGAAAAAGCGGUCGAAGUCUCGUGAACAUUCCAGGUCGGUCUCCCCUCGGCGGGAACUGUCGCGCUCGCGCCGCCGCUCGCGCCGCUCCAGGUCCAGGGAGCCCGCGCGGCGCCGGCACGGCUCGCGGCCCGAGCGCACCGCCAGCACCGACGACAAGGCCAAACAUCGCUCUAGAUCUCAAGAAGUGGUUUACACUAACACCAAAAAUGAAUCUACAGAUUCCGAUUCAUUGGAGAGGCCAAAGUCUGCGAUGCUGAAGGAAGCGCACCCCGAAUAUGACCCGCACGAACCCAUGAUCACUUCCGCGUUUUCCGAAGAGGACCUCAGGAAAUCGCGGGACGAUGUGUAUGAAGAUAGCUAUAACAAGAAUGAGAUCGGAGAAUACGGCAACACGGAUUACGAUCCGACGAAAACUUUCACGGUGGAUGCUAGUUUAUUGCCCGGUACCACUUUCGCCUCACCAAAGCCUAGUUCUGAAAAACUGGAGAAAGUUGCAGAGGCGGAGAGCGACCAGGAGCCCAGCAGCACUGUGGAGCACUCGUCGGCGCCGGUGUGGAACGGCUGCAUCAACAUGGUGGACGUGGCGCGUUUCUACGUCGCCGCACACGAGGUAUCCGGAACAGCGGCGGAUAUAGAGGAUGAUCUCAGCACGGAAUUGGAUAUCGUGGGCAGGAUAAACCCCGACACGGUGUGGGACUACAUCAGCAAGAUGAAGAGAGCUAGCAAUAAAGACAUAAUCAUAUUAAAGCUGCAGGCUGCGAACGACGAAGAAAAAAUGCAGUAUAUAGCUCUUUACAGCUAUCUCAGUAGUAGGAAUAGGCUGGGCGUGGUGCGCGUGCUGAACACGACGCUGGUGAAGGACUUCUACAUCGUGCCGCUGCCGGCGCACACGGCGCUGCCGGCCGUGCUGCUGCCGCUGGAGGGGCCGGGGCUGGGCGAGGCGCGCACGCACCUGCUGGUCGCCAUCGUCAUCCGCCAGCGCAAGAAGCGCCCGGCCGCACACCCGCCAUCGGCACCGCUGCCCGCCAAGCAAGUGCGGCGCUCGUCGCGCAAGCGGUCGUACACGCCGCCGGUGCUGGCGGCGGCGGCGGCGGGGGUGGGGGUGGGGGGCGCGUCGUACACGCCGCCGGUGCUGGGGCCGGGGGCGGGGGGCGCGUCGUACACGCCGCCCGCGUCGCCGCGCCGCCGCGCGCUGCCGCCGCCCGCCGCCUACACCUCGCCCAAGCUCUCCACCUCCGUCAAGGACAAGAUAGCCGCCACACUAGCGUCAGCAGACGACGACGAGGCGUACAGCCCCGGCUCGUCCACCAGCAGCGGCAGCGCGCCCUCGUCGCUGCGCUGUAAGAUGGACGAGCUCAACCGCCAGAUCGAGGAGCAGAAGCAGCAGAUACGGAAGAUGACGCAGGCUGACUCCUCCGCCGCCGGCGAGGACGAGGCUUACUCGCCGUCGCGGCCGAUGACGCCGCCGGACGCGGAUGCGGGUGCGGGUGCAGGUGCGGGCGCGGGUGCGGGGGUGGUGCCGCUGGCCGACAUCGCGCUGCCGUCCAACCUGCAGGAGAUCCUCGCCACCAUCAAGCAGCGCUCCGAGCCCGCCGCCGCCGCCGACGUCGACAUGCGGCUGCCCCAGCAACUGCCUUAGCCACCGGACCUGAUUAAACUUACCGGAACCCUGAUUAUUUAGAUGUAUAUGUAUGUACGUCACGUCAAAAAGCUCCACCUGGCGUGUCAGAGACCGGUCGGGUUCGAACGCUAAGUUUUUAAUGUGACUACUCAAAUUGGUCUAUCGAGUCUGACCAUACCGCGUGAAAUGGAGACGAGUCAAGAACUUACAUGCGAUUUUCGUUACGUUGCGGUAUUUGGUCGUUCGACUGAAUUCAUUAUACUCUGUUGUUAUAUAGCAAUGUAUUGAAUAUUGCAUGCAAGUUCUUGGAACAGUCUAAAUUAAGUUUGCGAGCCUUUAUGUACGAUGUGAUUUCUUACAUUAAUUAAUCGAGUAGUACGUGGCACCCGUUAUAAUUGAAAGUGCGAUUUUUAGUGAAAGGACAUUGCGAUCUUGAGGCAAUCUAGACCUAGACUAAAAUCUGAUAAUAUAGUGUUUUUAAGAACACAUGGAGAAUCAUUUGGAAAUGGUAUGUGUAUUUUUUAUGAAAGUGUUUGCGUAUAUUUUAUUUAGGUCAAUGUUGAGCGGUGAAUCAAGUGUUAUUUUACUUAUUUCGAGAUUGAAAUUGUUAAUUCACGGUGAAGAAAUUUACUCUGUUUUUAAUGAACUUUAAGAGAUAAAGCUAUGAUCUAUAGUUAACUAUAUAAACGGGCGUUUUCUAAAAUAAAUAUUGAAAACCUGAUUUUCUCAGAUCCUGGUGUUUCUGGGUUCUUUCAACUCAAAAUUACUAGCAUAUUCAAUCCUAAUAAUAAAAAAAUUACCCAAAAAUUUGUAUGAAAAUUGUACAUGCACACUGUUGUCACGCACAUACAAAUAAAAAAAUCACAUUAAAACGUGACGUAAUAGAAUGGACGUGAUUUAAUGGCAGGGUGAAGAAUGCUGUCGAUUCUGAGUAGAAUGAGCCCAAGAAUGUCCAGAUUUGAAAGAAUCAGGUUUUCAAUAUUUAUUUUUGAAAACGCCCAAAUAUGUUGAAACAUUGUCUUCUGCCAUCGGUGUAGUUAUACAGCUGAUUGUUUUACAGUAGGAUGUAGUACAAGAUUAUUUAUAAAUAAAUAGCGGUGUAUAAUUGCAGAGCGUAAUUUACUUAUUCUGUACUUGUAGAGAGUAUAAAUGAUUAUGGUUUUAUCCGCCUGCGUCGCGACGAGAGUCCAUCUACUGUGUAGUGGUUAUGUUGAGAAUAUGUUAUGUGUAUAUUUCUACUUUUGUAGACUAAUUUAGACUUACUUUUUUAUUACUUCAAUGUACUAGUUAUUACUUUAAAUGUAAUACACGAAAAUGCAUGCAUGCUUAGCAUGCAAUCUUUUUGAAAAUCUAUGUGUGCAAUAGAUUGUAUAAGAAUGGUCAAUGUUUGUAUUGAUUCGAUAAUAUUAAGUGUCUAUCACAAUCUAUACUUCAGUGAUCAACAUCAGACUGUAAAUAGUUUAAACCUAACUAUAGUUAUGAAAUCUUUUAAUGAUGUGUACAAAAUUAAACAUAUAUGGCACAUUA